AUGUCCCAUUUGGUGGUGUUCCGCUGGCUCGUGGCACAGAUCUUUAUAGCCCAGGCUGCGUCUGAAGCUGUUGUUAGAGGAGUGGUGGGGCAAAGUGCUCUGCUGCCUUGCUACUACCAGGUGGCACGACAUACGGAUAUCUCUGACAUGUGCUGGGGCAGAGGCCCCUGCCCAAAUUCCAAGUGCAGCAACAAAAUUUUGCACACCACUGGGAACAGGGUGACGUUCAGAAAGUCUCAGGAGUACAACCUCCAGGGCUAUAUUUCCCACGGGGAUGUGUCUCUCACGAUUGGGAGAGUGAAGGCGGAAGACGCGGGCACAUACUGCUGUCGCGUGGAGAUCCCGGGCUGGUUCAAUGACAUCAAGCAGAACAUACGGCUGGAGGUGGUCACAGCCCCUCCAGUGACGACAACCACCACGAGAAAGGCUCCCGUUUCCCCCCGACGUUUUAAAAGAACAACAACUGUUGCUCCCCAAGUAACCUCUGAUCAUCAAACAACAGCAGAGGCUUCUGUCCUUUGGACGACCACCAUCCCAGAAGCAAAAACUGACACCACUGAGUCUCCAGCAGUAAUCACGGAGGAGCCCAUUGCUGCCCCAACGUCUGCUGUGACGGAAAACAAUGCUUUUCAAGCAACUGCUGUGGCAAUUAGCACUUCUCCAGGUUAUUCAGCUGGUUUCCAAGAAGAUGACAUGAGGACUGAAGAUGAUGGCAUGCUCUUCCUAUCUGAGUCUGCCCCUCUUCCUGGAGUGACUACUGAAUUACUAAGCACACCUCCUGCUGCAGAAGAAACUGAAAGUGCUCACACUUCUCUCAUGGUGGAAGACCUGCCAGUUAUAGAGAAUUCAACAAGGUCAGAUUACAAGGCUGAGAAACAUGAUGAUAAUGGAGAUAAGUUUCCCAGCUGGGCCAUGAUCAUUGCCUGUCUCCUAGCAGUGUCUGUUCUUUUCAUAUUGGUGCCCUCGGUGUUGUUUUGGAAACGUAAACACACAAAGAAGUUUAUAAUGAGAAGCCUUCAACCAGCAAGAGACCUUGAAAAAGUCUUCAGUGGCCCUGAAGGAGAAACCAGCACACUUUCUCUGUGAGCAGCUCCAACAUCCUCUGCAGAUGCCAUGGAGAAUAAAAACGGGCUUGUUUCAUGCUACAUUGAGAGAUGUUUAUGAGCCCUCAAAAUAUCAGUGGCUGUCAACCAAACAGCGAAGCUUCAGCUGUGAAAAAUUAAACUCUUUGUGCAAAUUUUGCUGUGUCACCUUUAAAACUCUUUGCAUAGAGAAGUUUCUUUGGGAAGGUGAUUAUGCAUUAUUCAUAGGUUUGGUUGGUGUUUGUUUUUUUUUUCCCUGGGAUCUACCUUUUUACUAAUACCACACUAUAGAAUUGAUUUGGUUUUCUCUAUUUUUACUAAUGCUCUUCCUUGAAUACAGCUUACACUGUGAGAAACUGAAGAGGGAAGAAAGGAUGUAGAAUGUUGCCUAACUUCUAGUUGCCAAAGACAAAAAAAGAAAGAAAGAAAGAAAAAUUCAGUAAAUAAAAUGCUUAUUUCUUUCAUAUAAUCAAGGGAAAACAUUAAGCCACAAGACUGCUGGAAGUAUAAAUCAAAAUCACAGAUUACUUAAGGGGUACCGAUGCUGCCUGUGCUUCAGCAUGUUUGAAUGACCCUUGGGGACUUUGUUAAUAAACUUUGUAAUUUACCACUA